AUGAACCCUUCUCGACCCAUGAUUUCAAGACCCGUCAAAACACCACCUUUCUUGAUCAAAACUUGUAAUUUGAGUCCAAAUUCUAAAAGGGUAUUUGGGUUUAGCCCACAUGGACAUGGUGUUAGAUUCUCACCGACCGUGACCAAAUGUUCAAGAGCUCAUGAUGUUCAUUUCGCAACAGCAGCAGCAGAAGCUACACAAUCUUCUCGUUCUUCGUCUCGUGCAUCCCCUGUAGUUGCAUCAAAGAUAUUCAAGUUGGAAUCUUUAGAGGAGAACAUAGAGAAGGUUAUUUAUCGAUGUCGGUUCUUGGCGAUUCUUGGGGUUUGGGGGUCUUUGGUUGGAUCAUUUCUCUGUUUCAUAAAGGGCUGCACUUAUGUUGUGUCAGCUUUCACACAAUACUUUGUCAAUCAUAGCAAAGUGAUUAUAUCGCUGGUCGAGGCCAUAGAUGUCUAUCUUUUGGGAACAGUAAUGCUAGUCUUCGGAAUGGGUCUAUAUGAACUCUUUGUUAGCAAUCUUGAUCUUGCAAAGCAGGCAUCAGUGGGGAAAGCACCAAAUAGGUCAAGUUUAUUUGGCUUAUUUACCUUGAAGGAAAGACCGAGAUGGUUAGAAGUGAAAACUGUUAAUGAGCUGAAAACCAAGCUUGGCCAUGUCAUUGUAAUGCUUCUUCUGAUCGGCUUCUUUGAAAAGAGUAAGACAGCAAUUAUACACUCUCCCAUUGAUUUACUUUGCUUCUCAGCUUCUGUCCUCCUUUGCUCUGGUUGCCUCUACUUGUUAUCUAAGCUGGGCGACUCCAAAUGA